UCGUCCUCGACUCCCUAAAGUCCACCGCAAUUUCGAUCCCAUACCCCCGAACGCAUCAAGCAUAAAGGGCAUCUUGGCCUCCUCGCUUCCCACAAUGGCGACGGGCACUACAUGGUGGCGGAGCUCCGGACUCAGCAGAGCCCAACUGUUGUUCUGUGCUUCUCGUCUCAAACCGGCCAGUGGGUCGAAAAACACCUCUGCCGACCCCUCCCACCCCGGACCCUCGCUCCCCACGGCGUCGUCUCACACGCGGGCAAGUUGUGGUGGGUUGACCUCUCCUGGGCUCUGCUCUCGUGCAACCCCUUCGAGGAUGCGCCUCUUGCGGUCAGGGUGGUGCAUCUUCCACCGAGCAAGCAACUACUCGAGUCGCGCCAGGAGUGGAUUUACCUGGAGAAGAGGCGCUGGGUGGGCGUGAGCGCUGGCACACUUCGUUUCGUGGAGAUGUCCGGGUUCCCAAAUAGGUACGAUCGCGACUACGACUCCGACGACGCCGUCGAUGUGAGUGAGAUUCAGAUUAACGUCUGGACGCUGGAAGACCCUGACACAUCCUCGUGGAAGCUGCUGUACAAGAUGCCUGUUAAGAAGAUCUUAGGGGAUGAUAUGUACAAGGCCUACGAACUGCCUUCUGAGGUGCCGGAGCUGGCGCUGAUGGACUCCAUGGAUCCACGGCUUCUCUACUUCAUCGUGAGCAACCGCAUCUUCAGCGUGAACAUGGUUACCAAGAGGGUUGUGACGUGCGAGCGCAUGGACCUGGCGAUGCAAAUUCCCAGCCGCUCCGUUCGGCCCUGGUUACUGCCAAGUAUUCUUAGCGCAGAUUCAGAUGAUGUUACUGGUGGACUGGUUGAAUUGCUUGCACCACAGCGGUUCAAAAGAAAGCACUUGCACCACCGCCAAUUAACAAGCUCAGCAAAUGCUCUGAACAAGAACGAGUCCCAGGUCAACCCAGAAGGUGUGCAGCCAUUGUUCUAA